ACCAACAAUCUGGCUCCGCCCAGUCCCACCUCCUAACUCUGGCAACGCCAUUGGACAGUUGAGAACAAGAGGCAGGCCUUGUCAGUGACCUGUUUUACUCUGGGCCCCCGGGCCCUAAAUCCCUGAGGCCGUGGUCAGGUUGCCCUCUUCUUUGCCUGUUACAAGAGUAACUACAAUGAGGCGACUGGGGAAAAUUUUGGGUAGAUAGGUUUUCUUCUCCAAAUCUCUGUGCAUUCUAUCUACAACAGAAUGGGAAGAAGGUAAUUUUCUUGUCAGAUGGUGCUGGAGUUUGUGUCAGGCACAUAAAGGGGCAGCCCCGAAUCUAGCCUACGUGAGUGCCCGACCGGUGAGUGGUUGCUAGCCAAGAUGGCGGUAGCGAUCGCUGCAGCGAGGGUCUGGCGGCCAAACCGAGGCCUGAGCCAGGCUGCCCUCUUGCUGCUGUGGCGGCCUGGGGCUCGGGGACUGGCUAGAUCUCACCCGCACAGGCAGCAGCAGCAGUUCUCAUCUCUGGAUGACAAGCCCCAGUUCCCAGGGGCCUCGGCUGAGUUUAUAGACAAGUUGGAAUUCAUCCAGCCCAAUGUUAUCUCUGGAAUCCCCAUCUACCGUGUCAUGGACCGGCAAGGCCAGAUCAUCAACCCCAGCGAGGACCCCCACCUGCCAAAGGAGAAGGUGCUGAAGCUCUACAAGAGCAUGACACUGCUUAACACCAUGGACCGCAUCCUCUAUGAGUCUCAGCGGCAGGGCCGGAUCUCCUUCUACAUGACCAACUAUGGCGAGGAGGGCACGCACGUGGGGAGUGCCGCCGCCCUGGACGACACAGACCUGGUGUUUGGCCAGUACCGGGAGGCAGGUGUGCUGAUGUAUCGCGACUACCCCCUGGAACUAUUCAUGGCCCAGUGCUAUGGCAACAUCAGUGACUUGGGCAAGGGGCGCCAGAUGCCUGUCCACUACGGCUGCAAGGAACGCCACUUCGUCACUAUCUCUUCUCCACUGGCCACACAGAUCCCUCAGGCGGUGGGGGCAGCCUACGCAGCCAAGCGGGCCAAUGCCAACAGGGUCGUCAUCUGUUACUUCGGUGAGGGGGCGGCCAGCGAGGGGGAUGCCCACGCCGGCUUCAACUUCGCGGCCACACUUGAGUGCCCCAUCAUCUUCUUCUGCCGGAACAAUGGCUACGCCAUCUCCACGCCCACCUCCGAGCAGUAUCGAGGCGAUGGCAUUGCGGCACGAGGCCCCGGGUAUGGCAUCAUGUCAAUCCGCGUGGAUGGUAAUGAUGUGUUUGCUGUGUACAACGCCACAAAGGAGGCCCGACGGCGCGCUGUGGCAGAGAACCAGCCCUUCCUCAUCGAGGCCAUGACCUACAGGAUCGGGCACCACAGCACCAGUGACGACAGUUCGGCGUACCGCUCGGUGGACGAAGUCAAUUACUGGGACAAGCAGGACCACCCCAUCUCCCGGCUGCGGCACUACCUGCUGAGCCAAGGCUGGUGGGAUGAGGAGCAGGAGAAGGCCUGGAGGAAGCAGUCCCGCAAGAAGGUGAUGGAGGCCUUUGAACAGGCAGAGCGGAAGCCCAAACCCAACCCCAACCUGCUCUUCUCAGAUGUGUAUCAGGAGAUGCCCGCCCAGCUCCGCAAGCAGCAGGAGUCCCUGGCCCGCCACCUGCAGACCUACGGGGAGCACUACCCACUGGAGCACUUUGAUAAGUGAGGCCUGCUCAGCCCACCCCCACCCGCCUUCAGCUACCCCGAGAGGUAGCCCACUCUAAGGGGAGCAGGGGGACCUGGCAGCACACUACCCUCUUCCCCAGUCAGCUCCCUCUAAAACACUCGGCGGCCCGGGCGGCUGCCGCUCUUCACCCCUGCUCCUCCAGGCUGUUACAUUGUCGGGGGAUAGUAUCUGCUGCAGUUGCUGGGGCUCCGUCAGCCCUCUUUUCACCUGUUGUUACAGUGCCUUCUCCCAGGGGCUGGGUGAGGGGGUGUACAGGACUAGAAGCCCCUCUGGGUAUGGGGUGGACAUGGCAGGUCAGCCUGUGGAACUUGUGCAGGUGCGAGUGGCCAGCAGAGGUCACGAAUAAACUGCAUCUCUGCGCCUGGCUCUCUACCA